UGACCGAGUAAGACAGCCAUCUUCCCUAAAACACAAACAACGAGAGCAUACUAGACAUCAACACGCAGCGACCAUUGGUGAGAGGAAGAGAGCAAAAAACAGUGAACCACGAUUCUCGAGGAGGAGCACAGAACACAAACAACUGCACAUGCAUCCAAAGUGAAAAUCGUAGCGUUUGAAGGGGCGACUGGACAGUAAAAAUUGCAUCGACAGCUCCAGAAAUACGAUACAGGAGGGAGAGGAAUUGUGGAGUUAGGAGGGGGUCACCAGCUGGGACCUGGUCCACACAGCAUUGCCAGUACAAUAGGAAGAUAACAGAAACACACGCAAAGCCACGCUUUUUGAGCGUUAUUACUGCUUCUGGCAGCUGUAUUAUCAAAAAAUAGUUUCGUUUUUCGUUUCAAUGUUUCAUGCAGUAAAUCUACCUUAGUCAGUAUCAAUUCUGCAGUUAUUGCAGUCAAAGAGGUAUUACAAAUUUUAAGGGUUUUCAUUUUUCUUUGAUUUCUGUUUGUUUUAUCUGUAUAUUGGCUGUGAACAGUAGAGCUCUUAACCCCCAUCAGACCUUUAGGAGUUUUUGCUCUCCUGCGCACACACCUUUAAUAAGGCAGCUAUAUUCCUAGUCAAUCAGAUUAACUUUGAAAUACACAUUUAUACACACAACAAACGCACAUACGUACAUACACACGUGUUGGCCUUCUGUCCUGAACCUGGUCCAGCUUCGUCUUGCCUGCGCCACUCCUCUGGACAGGAUUUUCACCUUGGAGAAGGAAGGAAGAAUAUGACUGCUGAAACACUUAACUUUGGCCCAGAAUGGCUCCGUGCACUUUCCAGUGGAGGCACUUUGUCUUCCCCUCCUGCCUCUCCUGCUAUGCCAAAGUACAAGCUGGCCGAGUACCGUUAUGGCCGAGAGGAGAUGCUAGCACUUUAUGUCCAAGACAACAAGGUUCCCGAAGAAAUGCAGGACAAGGAGUUUGCUGUUAUUCUGCAGGAUGAGCCUCAGCAGCCACUGGCACUGUUGCCUCUCACUGAGGAGGAGCAGAGGAACUUUUCCAUGUCUGUCAACAGUCUGGCUGUGCUGAGGCUUAUGGGUAAAGGGGGUGGGGCCGUCCCGGCUGGGGUGAACCGAGGUAGAGGCACCACGCGAGGCGGCCGUGGCCGAGGAAGGGGAGAGGGCGUGUUCUACCAAAGAAGCGGUGAGGAAGUAGAAGGUGGCUUUGGUCGGAGUGUUCGAGAGAUUCAUCGUAGCCAGAGCUGGGACGACAGAGGUGAAAGACGCUUUGAGAAACCCCUGCGAAGAGAAGGUGUGCGGCCAGGUUUAGAGGAGUCUGGUUUGGUUGGGCGAAAAGAGUUCAUGCGCUCUGACAGUGACAAUUGGCGCACACUGAGAGAGGAGCAGGAGGAGGAUGACACGGGAGAGACCGGAAGCAGCUGGAGACUCACUGGUUCACGAAGAGAUGAUGGUGGUCCUCGCUCAGCUGGGUGGAGAGAACACGGUGGUCCCGGUGAAGUUCGCCGUAGAAAGUUUGACUUUGACUUCAGGGAUGGAGGAAAUGAGGGAGGAAGAAGAAGAACAGGAAGUGAAGGGGCAGAGGAUGAAAGAGAUGGUUUGCCGGAGUGGUGCACAGAUGAAGAAGAUGGAGAAAUGGGAACCUUUGAUUCUUCUGGAGCGUAUAUGUCUUUUAAGAAAGGCCCAAAAGACCCCAUUCCAGAAGAGGACUUUGAGUUCCUGGGUUUGGAUGAUGAGGAAGAGAAUGAUUCUAAUCCAGAGAAGAGUAAUGGCACUGAAUUAGAAAAAAGUGAGAAUGAUAUGAUGAACUCGGCUCUAUUUUCUGAAACCGAAGUGAAGCUUAUUUCUCCCUCCCCUCCUCCAUCCAUCGCUCUUCCUAUGUCUGCUCCUGACACUGAGGCUGUGCUAUCUGCUGCCACCUGUGGCAUUGAGGAGCCUCACCCUACCCCCUCAAUUCCCAACAAACUACCAACUGAAGUGUUAUCAGAGGCCCUGUUGAUUUUGAGCCCCAGUGCCUCCUCCAGUCUGCCUUCAUCUUCUCCCUCCUCUUCCUCUGCUGCUACUGACCUCCCACCACUGGGGGGCGACAUUGAGGAUGAUGAGGGUAUGAAGCACCUGCAACAGGAGGCAGAGAAGAUGGUGGCAGCGCUCCAGGACACAUCUCUAGAGGAAGAGUGUUUUACACAGACUCUUCAGGAGAGCAGAAACACGGCCUCUGCUCUUCCUCUCUCCCACGACUCUGCCAUGAAAUGGUUUUACAAAGACCCGCAAGGAGAGAUUCAGGGUCCAUUUACUACAGUGGAGAUGUGCGAAUGGUUUCAGGCGGGAUAUUUCACAAUGAACCUGCUUGUUAAACGAGGUUGUGAUGAGGGCUUUCAGCCUCUGGGGGAAGUCAUUAAGAUGUGGGGGCGUGUGCCUUUUGCCCCUGGCCCCUCCCCUCCGCCCCUCCUGGUGAGGAAUCGACCACUCCUUCACCCUCAACCACCCAAGGGGGAAAUUGGUAAUAUGGAUCAGGACCGGUUGAAAAAGCAGCAGGAAUUAGCUGCUGCCACAGCCCUUUACCAGCAACUCCAGCAACAGCAGCUGUUCCAGCUCUUUAACAGAGAGCAGGGUAUGAUGCCGUCAAUGAACAGGUCGAUGUCAGUGCCAGAUACAGGGUCCAUGUGGGACAUGCAUACCUCAGCUUCACAGCCAUCAGGCGGUGAGGCCAGUCUAUGGGACUUAAUGAAUUCUUCAUCUCAGGGUCCAAUUCUAGAACAGCUUCAGAAGCUACAUGAAAGAAGAGAAGCUGAACUCAGGGCCAAGCGUGAGGAAGAGGAGCGGAAACGAAGGGAUGAAAAAAGAAGAGAGGAGCAGAAAAGAAGAGAGGAGGAGGAUCUUUAUAGGCGCAAGCAGCAGCAGGAAUUGCUGAUGAAGUUGCUCCAGCAGGCUCCGCGUCAGGGUUCCUCUGGUUCCGCCUCAAGCUGGAACGGUGGACCCAUCCCUGGGCUGGGGAAACAGAACAAGCCCCUCAACCUCCUGGAGGCCCAACAGGAGGCUGAGAGAAUGCACAAACAACAACACAGAGUCCAGCAACAGCAGCGGUGGGGUGAUGCAUCUGUGAUGUGGGCAGCUGGAUCUUUGGACGGAAAAGUGGGAGGCGGCAGCUCUUCAGGAGGUGGAAUGGGUAUCUGGGAUGAGGCUCUAAAGAACCAGAGUGCUCUCCGCAACAACAUUGGGCUGAAGAACAGCCGAAGCAGUCCCUCGCUGAGUGAGCAGUACAUGAUGAGAGGCCGCAAACGCACUGAGGAAGAGGAGCGGCUGUUGAAACUCCUGCAGGGGAUGAAGUCUCAAGAUGGCUUCACCACCUGGUGUGAACAGAUGCUUCAUGCACUCAACACCUCUGCCAAUAACUCCUCCUCCCAGGAUGUGCCCACCAUUGUGGCGUACCUAAAGGAGGUGGAGUCUCCGUACGAGGUGUUGAACUUUAUCUGCUCCUACCUGGGUGACACAGUUGAAGCCAAAGAGUUCGCUAGGCAGUUCCUGGAGCGCCGUGCCAAACAGAAGGCUAACCACCAGAGACAGCAGCAGCAGCUCUCUAAAGAGAUGGCUGGACUUACCAUGAACAACUUUCCGCUGCAGGAUACUGUACGAGGAAUGAACCCCAGUGCCCUGCAGUCUAUGUUUCAGGCAGUGCAUUCUGGGAAAGGGGGCAUGUAUGAUCAGGCAGCAAAGAUGAAGAAAAAGCAGCCCAUGAUGCUGCACUCUGACCCAAGCAUCUUAGGGUAUUCAUUCCAUGGUGCCCCUGAUCGGUAUGGUCUAAACGAGAUGGAAAUGGUUGAGGAUUACUGAAUCCACAGCAAUAGCUACAAGAGGCCUUUAAACCCGCGGGUCCACCUAAUCAGACUCCGCAAGUCGAAUGUGCACUGCUUUGAUGGGAUUGGGGGGUGGGGGGGGUUGUAAGCCAGGAGUAUAUCAGUUUUCCGGUUGGGCGGGGUUGUUUUAGAAGAAUGUAAUUCAACAGGGAAAAGAACAGGUGUGAAUUUAUUUUUGUGUGUGUGUUGAGGGACGGGGAUGUUAAACUUCUGGCACUUACAGCAUUAAGCACCUUACACUCAGACUAAUGCACUUUAUUAAGAUGUAAUUUGAAUCGUUUUUUUUUCUUUUGAGAAGAUUUACAUGUAUAUUUAUGUGGUUUGGAUUCAGAAAUAAUACCACAUAUAUAUACUGCGUGUGUGUGCGUGCGUGCUGAAUCAGAACUGGAGUUUGUACUGGGAGGUGACUGUGGCGACUGGGGGACCAUUGAGUGUUUCAGUUCAGACAUUAUCAAAAAACAAACACUGUUGUUUUGUUUUAUAUAUAAGUAUAUAUAUAUAUAAAUUUUCUACAAAAAACAAAGAUAUAAAAAAACUUGGAUUAUAAAACUUGAAGAUUUGCACUCACAUAAAAUGCAAGUUAAAAAGAUAAAAAAAAAAAAUGCGCUAGAUAUUAUAGAGAGAAAUAUUUUUGAUUGUGUGCCUGAGUACGUGUGUAUGACUGAAUGAGUGUGUGUGCGCGUUUGAAACAUACCAGUCUGCACAAUGUAUUUUUUUAAUCGCUUGGAUGUAUGAUCAAAACAGGCCAUUUUGUCAUUCGGAGUGAUUUUUUCGUAUUUUAUAUACAGAAUGUGUGGAUGUGAACACUUCUAGACGGGGAACUGUGCGUAUUACUCCUCUUGUGAAUGUGCUGUAUGUUUGUAUGUGCGCGAAUGAAUGAAAGGCAGAGAGAGGGGGCAACGGAACAACACAUCCUCUUUCACCAGCCCUUCAUUCCCCAACAAAGAAAAACCUCUAGAUUCAAACACAAAAGCUUUAGCCCAUUUUAUGCCAACCAGCACUCUUAUUUUACACGGUGGGGAGUGUGUCCCUGCUGUGUCAUUGUUGCCUCUGUGAGGUUUAAGAACAUGUCAUUAGCAGCGUUUUGUGUGUUGUUUGAUUUUCUGUACCUUUAGGAUCUAAUAACUUGUGGUACAUACAAUGUGUGUGAGUGUGCGUGUUUGUGUUUUUUUUUCUGUCCCCACAUGUGUGCCUAAGAACUAAAGGGCGAAUGAGUAGACUUCAUUGCUGCCAUCAAGACAUUAUUUGUUAACAGAGGGGAGCGUGGUUAUGCAUGUAGCUCCGCCUCCACACACCUCUCAUCCUUGUGAACCAAGAGCCUAGCGCGCUGCGCUUCAUUUCUGUACAGUUCUAGUGUAGCCUGGGGAUGUUUUGAUGAAACAAAUGUAUGAUAGGGAGGAUGUGACCUAACAUUGCCUUUCUGUCCACUCCCUUGCUCUCAAGUGACUGAGGUUCUAUUUCUGGCUGAAAAACAUGAUCGCAUCAAACUGUGCAAGUGCACUCGGUAGUGCACAAAAUGUUUAUAUAUUUUGUUACUUGUUCAUUAUUGUAGUCGAUGACAAUGAUGGUAAUUGUUUUUUUAUUGUUAUAUAUAUACAAAUAUGAAUAUAAACAAGUUAAAAGUAUUGGACUACAAGGAAGAGCACUUGGGGCUGCUACUUUUUUGUUUUGAAAUAAUUUCCUUGGAUUUUUAGUUGCCACCAUGUGAAGUGCAUUUGUGUACUUUUUUCUUUCUAAGAAGCAUUGAAUGUAUUCCAAAAACGUAACGGUGAAGAUGGAGUCACUCGACACGGGAUGUUACAGCGUAACAAGGACAGGACAUAAACAGGAGUGAAAUCAAAAGUAGUUUUUCCUUUAGGAGCUCUUGAAGGGAUUUUUUCUGAAUGGCUACCGAAAAACACACUGCCUCUACAAUCCUGUUCAUACAGACGUUGGACAACAAAAAUGAAAACGAAAAAAAAAGCUAUUUUAUUCCAUACUGGAGUUUUUGUUGUUUACAAACCACACGGACAUUUGUGGGUGCUUUUUCCUUCAAUUUUGUGGUGAUUGAAUUUGCGAUUCUACGAUUUCAAAUCAUUUUGAGGGGAUUUUAAUGGCAUGACAUCGAACCCCUCGCGUGCAUGUCGAUAUACGCGCAGCCUAUGAAACUUGCUGACUGAAACAAACUUGGAUCGCUGGAACACAGUGGAAUGGAUUCCUUUAUGUACGUUUAAGAGUCAAAAGAAAGGCGACCAUUUUUUGUAUACAGAACUUUUGUUCUUUGUUGACCUUCAACUUAUUUUUCUUUCUGGUGGAAUCGAAAUGAUCAAGAAGGAAGAAAUGCUUUAUGCUUUUGGAAAUUAGGCUGAAUGACAGCACAGAUGACCUCUUGGUACUUGAGAUGCAUAAAUUCUAUGCUUUAAAAUAUUUUUUCUUUUCCCCAAUCUUUUAUUUUGGUUCGUGAAUUUUGUGCUGUAUUGAACAGAAACUAAGAGAUGGACAUAUCUAUGGUGGAUGUAGAUUGUGUAGAAGAACAGAAAAAUAACAUGUAUGUAUGACCUCAAUCUGCCAGAUUAUUCCUUAGACACACUUUAUUAUUUUUGUAUGAUGUUAUUGUUGUCUCCAGCAUUCUCUUUGAGGGUGUAAGGGUUGUCGUCAUCAUCACCAUCAAGUGAUUAGCACCGCCCUGAUACCCUCACUAUGCACUUUUCAUUUGCUUAAACUGUGAGGAUCAUUUAUUUGGGCUUGGCGAGCACAGGCCGAACGCGAGAUGUCCUCUGUCUGUUGUAAGUGGAUGAACGCUUCAGGGCUUUUGCUGCCCAUCGAAUAACUAGCGUGCGAGAGAAAAUUAGAAUUUCUACAUUCUCGUUGGUGAUGUUUCUUCAACAAUCACUCUUACAGAAGACUGAUAAGGAAUGGUGCAGAAACAUUGGACUUUUCCACGGGGUGUUUCCACUGAGCAAUGUUAAUAUACAACAAUCUCCAAGUUUGGUUACAAUAUGGAGAUUCAGAACAGUUUUUCUUGAAACUGCGUUCUCCGUGAUUGAACUGCUUGGUCAAGGGUGCUAGCCAACACAUUGUUUGUGGACUUGAUUAUUUCAUGACUGAAAAGGAUUUAGAGAAAGAAGACUGGGAGAUAAGAACCAAUAAGCUCUGUCGGCUCUACCAACAUCACCUGCUGACUGUGUUGCUGAAGUUAAUCUUUGGCCUGAAGUGAUUACUCCGCUACAAGACCGUGGCUUUGGUCUUUGCUGUUGCAGAUCAUGAGAUGAAGAUGGAGACGUCAUCUGCAUUUCUUCCUCUACUCUCCCAUCAAAGGGCCGAGUCCAUUGCACACCAAGGUUAGGAUUUCCAGCACAUGGAAUGAUAACUCGGCAAUAACUAUGAUCCAGGAGAAAGUGGAGGAAUCAUGACACCAUAGUUUGACUUCAUAGAAGAUGGUUUUGUUUGUUUGGUGGGAGGAGAAGAACUUGGAUCAGAGCAGUUGAAGUGUAGGAGAUCAGACCUGCAUAUAUUACUGCUGUUCAAGUGCAACCAGGGUUGACUUUGCAAGCGUUGCACACGUAUUACCUGAAAAUCUCCCUUCACUCACAAACACUAAUAUUGCUUGAAACAGUUCCACUUCGUCUCUGGCUGCCAUGUAAAUAAUGUAUAUAAGCCUUUAUAAUUAGGCUGUUGGGGUUUCCUGUUUGUUUGGGGAUUUUUGGGGAUUUAUGACAUGCCUUAACAGUUCACUUCAGCCUAUCAAGGCACACUUUAACAUAAAUCACCAAUGAGAUUAGCUCUAUGACAUAAUAAGGGUUGUUAAGGGACCCUUGAAACAUUGUGCUUAUGAGCCUGCUCUCAUUUCCUAAAGAGACCAUUUUUAGACCAUUAAAAAGGCACCCUUUGUUAGAUUUCACCCAAUUGAUGCUGUGUAAUUGAUGACCUCAGCUACUCUAUGGUUAUGAUUGGAUGCGUGUUUAAAAUUUAUUUCAGAUAUUGCCACAUGGAACCUGUUUUUGUCUUUUAUUCCUAAUGUCAGUAUGGUAAGCCGUUUCUGUAUCCGCACUGUUAGUUGAUGUUUAUAUGACUUUAUUAUUGAUGACUGAGUGAACAGAAAUGGAGUCUAAACCUAGAUCAUUGUUUUUCAAGUCAUCGUUCAGGAAUCAGCAUGCUCGUUUGUCCAUAUGUAUCUUGCAUUUUAGGAUACGAAAGCAAAAACGGUUCUGUGACUGUAUAGAAAUUAUUCAAUAACAAGUAAAACAUUAAGAAGUGAAAAUUGGGAAAGAAUUUGAUUUGUUAAUGAAAGUGAUGUAGAUGUCUUCAGAUAUAUGGCCCUUUUAAAGUAAAUGAUGGUCUAGUGUUACAGGCAACAUAAUUAGAUUCAAUAAUAUGGAAAUAUCUUUGUUGUUAUGGAAUGUUAGUGAUAAUACAAAUAUGUUACUUAUAUUUUUCUGUGCUAAAGCAACAAUACUGUAUUAAUAGCAUCACAUUGCUAGAGCUGAUCUAAGUUCCCAAUUCCCCUUGCAUUCAUGUUAGAGUAAUCUAUAAAGUAAUAUAGACAAAGACUGACAUUAGAUCAGCUUCGUUUAAAAAUAACAAGUCUGGCCCACAACAACAGAGCUUUUACUAAACUGGUCACUGAUUCUUACACAGCUUUAUUCUGAGGUUGGAUGUCUUUGAAAUUGGCAUGUAAUACAUUUAGGACAUUAGAAACCAUUUUGAAAUAAGGUUUGAAUUUUCAUAAUGUAAAUAGUUUUGGGGAUUUCUGGUUUGUUUGAUGAACAAUAAUAAACUUAACAAUGAAUCGUG